UGAGCAGGAGAAAAUCGACAAAACUAUCACUGUCGGUAACGAUUGUACUGAGUAUUGAAAAACAACAACAACAACAGGGACCCAAUUGAGAAGUAAUUUUUCAAUGAUAAAUUUGAGCUUUUUUUGAAGUACCAUAUAUAAAAGGCUUUCAGCAUGCCAGUUCCCCUACCUGUUGUGACAGGUGUUUCUCCUAGAGAGGGGCCCCCUGGAACACGAGUAACAAUCAGGGGAGAGAACCUGGGACGAGACAUGAAGGAUUUAAUAGGUUUGAAGAUCUGUGGAGUGGACUGCUUGUUAUCAGCUGAGUGGAAAUCCAGCAGUAAAGUGAUUGCACGCACAGGGCUUGGCAAAGGAAAAGGGGAUAUCAUAGUGACCACGAAAUCUGGGGGCAUAGGAAGCUGCACUGUGGGAUUUAAGGGCUUCUCCAUUCAGAUAGGCCCUCUGCAGGAGUCGGCAGUCUGGGUUGACGAGACCCAGUCUGUGCUGAAUCAGCUUGGUCGCCGUGGUAACCAGUCUGCGUUGUCAAGCAAGGACAGUGAGGACCCUCUGGGUCUGUCAGACGAGGGCAAGAGGGCAAAGGAGGAAGACAUGUUGGAGAUGUUCCCGGAGUCCUCUGGAAGUAUGUCUCUGGAGAAUUUCUCCCCUGCCUGGUACCUGCUAGAGAAUCACCAGGGAGCAAGCUUUGAAGACCUGAAGCUGGGUCUAGCCAACAUGAGGUUGAGUUCACGGUCCCGCUCUGAGGGCCCCACUGCCUUUGUAAAGGCCAACAUUGGUGCCAUACUGGACUGUCUAGACAGCCUCAACACUAUGUAUGACAAGUUUACGCAGGAUGACAUACAAAGAGGAUGCAUCGAUUCGUAUGCGGUGUCCUUAUUCCAGGCAAAGUCGUGUGCAGACGGCUUGUUUCAGGAGGUGCUGGGCCGCAAGGAUCAGGCAGACCAGACUAGGAACGCCCUCAAUGUGCUGCAGAGAUUCAAGUUCCUCUUCUAUUUGCCACUCAACAUGAAGAGGAACAUUGAGAAGGGAGACUACAGUGUGGUCAUCAAUGAUUACAUCAAGGCAAGGUCCCUGUUUGCCAAGAAGGAUGUGAAAGUCUUCCAGAAAGUGUACAAAGAAGUGGAGAGCAUGGUUGAAUCCUUCAGAGACAUGCUGAGAAAGAAGUUGAUGAAGUUGCCCAACACUCUGCAUGAGCAGAAGAAGAUCAUCGGGUACUUGACGAGCCUGGAGAUCAGGGGAGACGCAGCCUGGGAGUGCCUGACCAAUCAGGAGCGCUGGCUGCACGGCCUGCUGGUGCAGUGCAAGACCUCGCACCUGGAGGUGAGCGCCGACCCGGGGUCACAGAAGAACUCUGCAACGCUGAGUGUGAACUAUGGCAGAGGAUCACGAGGGUCCAGUGCGCUGGGUGAACCAGGUUUCAAGUUCCGCACACCACAGAAAGUGCUGUUUGUGGAAGAGCUUACAGAUAUCAUGACUUGCAACUUCCCAGACUUCUGGAAAUUAGGACAGGCCUAUAUAUCAGGGCAGAUUGGGUCUCGUGAGGAGGUUAAACCUGGCAAAGUUCCACCUGGCAAUAAGUUCAAGGAGAUGGUAUCAUCGCUUGUUAAGUACUUCUCCAACCUGAUUAGAGCUGCUUUCUUGCCCAAGUCCUUGGCAACUAUUCCUGCUGACACAAGAAAGGAGUAUGGAGCAUGGUCUGAUAGUCAGGACGUGUCUGGAGCCUGGCUGCCUCACUGUGUGAGAUAUGUACGGUCGUGUGCCAGCUCGCUGUGCAGCCAGGACUUGCCAGGGGACUGCCAUGAUAUGAUACAGGAGCUGGCGUUUGACAUGCGUACCAACUGCCUGAAGCUACUCCUUAACCAGGCUAUCAAUGAUGUGCGCUGCCUUGACAGCAAAGAGACCUGGAUGGUAGAGCUAGAUGAUGAGUUUGGAGGCACCACACAACUGCCAGCUUUAUUUGAGAAUAUUGUGAACGAGGCUAUACAGCAUCUUCAUGAAGUGGUCGUACAAAACAGGAGUGGCGAAUCAGAGAUAUUCAGUCAGCGUCCUGUACAGAAGGAGGCCACUGGACUAUGUCAACAACUCUUGGAAGCCUUCGCCCCGUGUCUGGAGCACCUGGCUCUGACCAAUCUGGACACAGGGGACCAGGCCGCAGCAACACUCAGGCCUCCUGCUGCAGAUAAGAGAACCAGUUACAUAGAAGAGAGCACCCCAGAAGACACAAUCCCUCCAAAGCACAAGCGGCUGAUAAUCAUGCUGAGCAACUGUAACCACACACGGAGCCAGCUUCUGCCCAGACUGGUGGAGAACCUCAACAAACAUGGCUAUGUGGAGAUGAACAAAGUACUCCAGACCUGCCAGGCGACAUACAAGGCACUGGAUCGUAAGCUGUUUGAGGCGUACAUAGAGGAGAAGUCGAACCCAAUUGUGGGAGUCAUGGAGCCACACAUGUACCGUGGGCACUUUGACUGGAGGCACUGCAAACAACCCACAGAUGUGCGUAACUAUGUGAAGGAGGUGAUCAUGGGACUGAUCGAGGUUCAUGCCGAGGUGUUCUCCAUCUCCCCGGCCUUCGUUACCCCGGUGAUGACCCGUAUAGUGGGUGCAGUCUCCGAAGAGAUGUCCCGCCUCAUACAGUGUGUGCCAGAGCUGGGAACCAAUGGGACCAUCCAGGCUAAGCUGGAGCUGAUGUGCCUGCGUGAUACAGUGCAGUUGUACCAGAACAAGCAGUCAGAAACAAGCCUAAGAGAAGCAUUGGAAUACUUGCCUGAUAUCUCGGAAGAAAAUGAAAAGAAAGUGGAGGAGCUGAUGACGACAUUCCGGUCCCAGAUGAAAUUCCAGCUGAUGUGCUUUACCAAGGACAAGGCAGCUGCUUAGGAAUUCAAUCAUAUCAUCGCCAUGUUGCUUGGGAAACUAAUUAUAGUGGCCAUACUAUUGUUAAUUUAGGAAAGAAGUCUCUUCACAAUAGUUAUAUUUACAAUUCCAUUCACUUGUACAGACUUAUUUAUGGUGAUUUUUUUCAAAAGCUUUAAAAAGAUGAAUAUUUAUUUUCACUGAAUUGAAUAAUUUUGCAUGAUCCACUUUUUAAUUUUAAGUGAUAUGAUACUAUUUUGAAUCAUAAAUACCGGUAGAGGACAGCUUUCUGUAUUGUUUAAAAUGUAUUGUUACAAGAGUUUAAGAUGUUCUUCGUCUUCACUUGAUGAUAAUGUGCAAUAUAUAUAUAUUAUUUUGUGAAAUCAAUCGCUUACGUCAUUACAGUAUUUAAGAACCAUGUAUAUACGCUAGUAACGUAAUAUGAUAUAAUAAUAAAUAUGUAUAAAAUU